AUGGCAUACAAGGGAAAGAAUAUGACACUUUUAAGCCUGACACAGAACAAUACAAGAAGUUGGUUCUCUACGAUGAUAUGGGCCCUGGUUGAUAGCCUUCUUUUAACAACUUCUGCAAAGAUUCAAGUUCCUUUAGGAAUUGUAAAAAUCAGCAUGCAGAGCUUAACGGUCAUUGGAUUAGGAGCCAUUUUAGGCCCUCAAAUUGGCCUUGCUGCAGUCGUUGUCUAUCUCAUUGAAGGGGUAAUGGGGUUUCCUGUUUUUCAAAGCUCUCCUGAGCGCGGCGUUGGCUUGCCUUAUAUGAUGGGGCCAACAGGAGGAUACCUUUUAGGAUUUGCGAUCAGCUCUUGGUUUUCUGGCUGGCUUGUUCAGUAUAAAGGUUGGGGACAAACAUUCGUUUCAGCGUUAGGCGUUAUGUUUAUAGGUCAUGUUUUGAUUCACACUCCUGGAAUGCUCUGGCUUUCACAGCUUUUGGGAUGGGAUGUUACACUUGCGACGACAUAUACCUUUGUAUUAGGAGCUUCUCUAAAGAUUGCAUUGGGAGCUUCUGCUUUGACUCUUUGGUUUGCUCGCUCUACUGCUUCUCAUUAA